AUGAUGGAGGCCUGGCUGCCCAGCAUUGCCUCUGUCCUGCAAAUUGCGGCCCCUGUGAUCGGUACUGCCGUGUUACUGGUGCUACUAUGUCCCUGGAUCGGGUACACCAGAUUACCAUCGUCCAUCAAAUCGCCCAUCCAUGUUGACGGGCCAAUAUCGGCACUUCGGGCAUGCCUAAAGGAAGUUUGGGCGGGACCCGAAACUGCAUCGAGAGGAUACCAACUGUACUCCAAAAAUGGACAGUCAUUUUCGCUGCUCAAUAUCAACUUUCGUCCUCAAGUUAUCUUGCCACCUAAUCAGGUUCGAUGGCUCAUAAGCCAGCCAGAGAACGUGCUGUCUCACACCAAAGCCGGCGAAGACGCAGACGCAUUGCCUUAUAUCCUGCCUAUGUUCGAUGAAACAGGACUCCACGCCUUCUCCAAAGUACUACAGAACAACCUCAGCCGCAACAUCGCCGAAACGGAGCAGGCCGUCCUAGAAGAGAUGCAACAUGUCCUGGGGCAACUACUGGACGAGACAGAGUCCUGGCAGGAAAUUAACCUCAUGGCCGUCCUGGAGAAAGUCAUUUAUCAAAUCGUUCAGCGGAUCUAUGGAUUGGUUACGUGGGUGGGGGUCUUGGCUUUCUUGCCCACAGACAACCUCGUUGCGGCUUGCACCAACAACCUACUGGACCUCGCGGGUUCCGAUCCGAAGCUUGGCUACUUCCAAACCCUCCGCGACGAGGCUAAAGCAGCGUUUGCCAAGAAUAAGACGGCGGGCCAGCCCAUCUCGCAUGCAUUGAACCACAUCGACAGUGCUCUCCGAGAAAGCUUGCGGAUGAAUUCCCUAUCCUCACGAGCCCUACAUCGCCAAGUCGACUGUGCGGGCGGGAUUGUGCUGCCGGAUGGACAUAGAGUCCCCCGGGGAACAUGGCUGUGUCUUUCGUCGGGCGACAUCCAAAGCGAUGACGACUCGUUCGAGGAAGCAAGGAGCUUUAAGCCUUUCCGAUGGGUUUCGAAGCUUGCCGAGAGUGAGACUGACAAGGGCCCUACGCUGCCGCUGACAAGCGGAAAGUAUUUUGUGUUUGGGCAUGGGCGACACGCCUGCCCGGGACGAUGGUAUUCAUUCCACGUCAUGAAAGUGGUUAUAGCGUACCUUUUGGUGAAUUAUGAGAUCGAGCCUUUAGAGAAGCGGCCGAGCAAUACUAUCUUUGCAGAUAUCAAUGUCCCGCCUAUGGCCCCUAUUAUUCGCAUGAGAAAAUUCGCCUCCUAA